AUGAUCACUGCGGUUGGCUCGGACUCCUUCUUCAACCUGUUCGAGGGGGGAAGGGAAAAGUAUGUGGCACUUUACCAGGCAGACUCUGUGGCGAACAUUGCGGAGCUCAACCCAGGUGUCAAGGCAGCCUCUCGCGAUAUCUUUAGGGCCUUCUCUUGUUUGCUGGUGUUGCUUCACCCAGUUCCAGGCUAUUUGGGCACCAGCGUCUCCAACUUGACAGAUUUCAUGAGCGCCCACGAUGAAUCAAACACAUUGGUCAACGGCUUGAACCUCUUUCUGAAGGAAGAUGAGGCUUGGCAGUCUCGUGUUGAUGACUGUCUCAAAGUUGGCACUUCCACCUUGAAGCUUGGCCAAGAGCUGCAAAAGCUUACCAGUGAUUUGGAGGAAGAGGACGUGCCUGAAGCGGACAUGUCUCUCAUCACAGCGCCGUUCAAAGCAGCAGUCCAAGCCUUUCCAGCGAUGCGGGGCAAUCUCAAGGAAGGAGCCACUGACAACUUGGCACAGCUUGUCAAGGAUAGAGUGGUAAAGAUCGUCGAGAGACUUUGCCAAGUCUCAAGUGUUGACAGUGAGACUGUCAAUCAGAUUUCAACCAUGACCUACGCCAUCAACCUGUUUGCCAGUGACCGAAGCAUUAUGGAACUCAGGAGCAAGUUUGUUGAGUGGCAGGGCAAGGUUUCCCAGCAGCUCUUUGCUGAGAACCUAGCCAACAUGACCCAGACUCUGGAGAAGCAAGAGGCAAUGGGUGUCCAUGGAAAGGAACCAGCGGACAUCAAGAGUGAGGAGUUGACUUUGCUGAACAAGAUGGUGGACCUUGCUUUUGACUCCCACCAACAGCUCAGCGCUGUGACUGGUCAAGCCAAGCUUCUUUCAGAUGGGGCCUACUUGAGAAAGCAGCAAGCAAAGUGGCUCAAGCUUGGGUCAGACAGCAAGACCCGUCUCAAGAAUGAUGUCAAGCAAGGUGUGCUGAUCGCCUACCUGAAGUCUGCGGAAAGCUUUUUUGCCUCAGUCAAGAAGGCCAGUGGCGACAAGCAGCCAGAGCACGAGAUCAAGGAGUACUCUGGCAAGAUCGCUGCUAUGGACAUUGGUGAGGCUUUUCCACUGAAUGAGGAGGUGAUCAGCGGACUGAAUGACUUUGUGCAUGACAUGAAGGCGACAGUGGAGAAGCAUGUGGGCACACUUUGUGAAAUCACGAGUGAGAAGCACCUGCCGGGAGAGGGGAAAUCCUGGAAGCACUCUCUUGGUGAGGAGGCAACUGUGAAGGAAGUCAGGACCUUCGUGUCUCUUCACUUGGGUGGUGAUGAUGUGAGCAAGUUGCCGGAUAUCCUUCGCACCCUGGACCAGGACUGCAGCGAUGUGACGCUGUGGCAGAAGCGUGUGAAGUUCUUGAAGGACUUGAACAAUGAGACCGGGAAGCAGGUGAAGCAAACCUUGGAGUCCUUGGCGAAGGAAGUGAGCCACCAACACCACAUGGGUCAACUCUUCAAAUCAGAGGGCAUGCUGGCCAACGGUCUUGUCUGCAAGAGCAAUGACAUGGCCUGCAAGCUGAUCCGGAAGGAAAUGGAAUCCUUGGUUGGUGGGAACCAUGGUGUCAAGGAGCAAGAGGUUCACCCUGCCUUACUGAAUGCUGCUAAGUCUGUGCUAGAUGCUGGAAAGAAGUAG